GUUCUUCAGCAACAGCUGAAAUCAUUUUGGACAUUUCAGCAGAAGACUCUAGAGAAUAUUAACAGGGUGCAGUCUAAAAUCCAGGAGAUGCUGACUAAAAAUCUGUUUGAAAGGAAAACUCCAGUACACAGUUCAGGCGAGAUUCAGAUGACUGGCACACCAAGCAGCACAUCUUUGGACUGCAACGUUUUGCCGUUUUUCCCGCAUGCUGGGUUUUGGCAAGAAAGAGUACGUGAUCUUCCGAAUGAAAAUUUAUCCCUCCAGAACAAAGUGGAACCUCUCACUGUUACCAAUCUGCCUUUGAAAGAAAAUGUAUUAACGUGUAAUACGCAAAUGAAGGAUUUCGCUGAAGAAAAGACAAGUGUGCCCAUCCACUUGGUUAAAUCACAAGAAGGUAACAAGGAACAUAUUGAGGAAGCAAAGAACACCUUCAGCAAUUGGAAAGAACUCCAAACCCAGAAAAACAUCCUUGAGCAAGAGAGGCGCCAGCUCCAUAAUGGCAAGCAACAUUCAAUACAGACACAGCCUGAUUCUCAAAUGAUGAACCAGAAAGCAGAAGAGAAGGUGACUGCUGUGAGCUGUGAAGGAGAAAUGCAAAUAUUGGAAGCCAAAAAACUUAACCUUGAAAUGACCCCGCAGCAAUGUUCUUAUACCAAAGAGAUGCUGCAGAAGGACUUUGAGAAAAUCCCAUCGGACAAAGCUUAUCCAGAAAAUAAACUUGAGUCUGAACUCAGGAACACAAAAGCCAGUAUUGACCUUCUAAAGUCUAACUUGACCAAUGCAAACAUGGAAUGCAAGAGGUUAUCAACAGCAGUUACAAACAUGACAGAGGAAAAUGAGUUACUUAAGAAAGAACUGCGGGAAGUCUUUUCUAAACACGAAAGUGACCUUAGACAACUGACUGACAAACACUUCCUGUUAGAAAAUCACGUCUGCACUAUUGAAAAGUAG